UUAGCCUUUUUGUCAAUGCUGGUACAAACCCUGUUGAUCCCUUUGCAAAGCGUGCUGUGUCUUGAUGGUGGCGGUAUUAAAGGCCUGGUGCUGAUCCAGAUGCUGAUCGCUCUGGAGAAAGAGGCGGGCAGACCCACCAGAGAGCUCUUUGACUGGGUAGCUGGCACGAGCACGGGAGGCAUCCUGGCUCUGGCUAUAAUCCACGGUAAAUCCAUGGAGUACCUGCGCUGCCUGUACUUUAGGAUGAAGGAGCAGGUGUUCAAAGGAUCAAGACCCUAUGAAUCAGCACCGCUAGAGGACUUCCUCAAAACAGAGUUUGGAGAAAACACCAAGAUGACUGACAUAAAGUUCCCCAGGGUAAUGGUGACCAGUGUUCUGGCAGACAGACAUCCAGGCGAGCUUCAUAUAUUCAGGAACUAUGACCCUCCAUCCGUCUCCAGAGAGGCCCCAUACACCACCACUGCCACAUUCAAGCCUCUCACCAUCCCACAAGAACAACUUGUAUGGCGAGCUGCUCGCUCCAGCGGCGCUGCUCCCACCUACUUCCGACCAAUGGGGUGCUUUCUGGAUGGAGGGCUGCUGGCCAAUAACCCGACACUAGAUGCCAUGACAGAAGUCCAUCAGUACAAUAAGGCCUUAAAAGCAGAGGGCCGUGAGAAGGACACAAAGAAGCUGGGUAUAGUGGUCUCUCUUGGAACAGGUAAACCUCCUCAGGUGGUGGUGAGCUCUGUGGAUGUGUUCCGACCCUCCAACCCACUGGAGCUGGCCAAGACCUUUGUAGGAGCAAAAGAGCUGGGCAAAAUGCUGGUGGACUGUUGUACAGACUCUGAUGGCUGUGCAGUGGACAGGGCCAGAGCGUGGUGUGAAAUGAUCGACACCAUUUACCACAGGUCAGAAACGACACACGUGUUAGUUUUGGUUCUUUUUUAAUGCAUCCUCUUUUCUCAGCCUCUCUGUAUUUGUACCAACUUGCUCUCAUCCAUUUAUCUUAGAAUGCUUGUAGUUGUUUCUUAUUCUCAGACGCUUCAUCUGCAGUGGUUUAAAAGGAGUUCCUGUAAGACUGAGUGUUUACUUCAAUUUAAUUCAGUUUUAUUUAAAUGGUGCCAAAUCACAACAACCGU